AUGUUUGUGCAGCAGAAGCAGCAGCAGCAACACCCGUUUAUGCCCCCCUCCCACCCCUACAUGCCUUUGCACCCACCUUACGCCCACAAGGCGAUGAUGAUGGAGCAGCAGCCGCCCAAUCAGCGCACCAGGCGCAUUCAGCAGCCGCAGGGACAGCCGCCGUCAGCGCCCCGCCCCGACAUCGCCGGCUUGUACAGCACCAACGCCACGUCCAAGGCCGAGAAGAAGGGAUGGCUGGAGAGGCUCAGCUGCGCCAUGAAGGACCUCUACGCCAGCCUGACGUGCCCCCUGCCGUGCUGCCAGGUGAAGAAGAGCGCGCCCAGGGCGCCAGAGUUCCCCGCCGCACGGCAGGGCGCGUCAGCACCGAGGCCGCCCAUCUACCGGCCUGGUCCGCCACGACACCCACCCGCCGCAGCGACAUUGGCUUCUUCACCGCCUUGCCGAGCCAGCAUGCCGCCUGCAGCGUCAGGAUCACCAGCUGGCACCACCGCCACCGGCCCCGACUCGCCAGCACCACCCGCAGCCCAGCCACGACAACCACCGCUGCCCGACUCGCGGGAGGUCCUCAUGGCCUUCCAGCCGGCCGGCCGAUACAUGCAGCGCUGGAGCGACAAGUUCGCCCUUGUCGAGGGGCAUUCAGACGCCGCCCCGCCGCCCCACAGCCGGCUGAUGCUCAAGACACUGGUGCCCACGGGCAUCGGCGGCCAGCUGGGGGGGUCCAUGAGGGACGAGCUCGUGGGGAGGCUCAAGAGGGAGGCGGAGGCCAUGAAGGUCAUGGAGGGAAGGACAGGAGAUGGCGGCCUACCCAUCGCGGCUGAGGUGGUCGCAGAGGGCGACAUUCCAGAGGGCGAGGAGGUGCCGAUCCGCCUCAUGGGGGAGGAGUGGCAGAAGCACCGCGACGGCGCCUACAAGGGCGACCGCCCGGCCGUAGCCAACACGCGUGUCGAGGCGCGCCUCUACGGCCACUUCCUGCUGUCGAACUUCGCCGGUGAGUCAGACAAAGAGAGAGGGCCACAGCCACAAACACAUCACGUGUAUAUCUCUGUAUUUGACUGUCUGUCUGUCUGUCUGUGUCGGUUUCAUUCGUUCAGCACUCCUGCCGGAAGCCACCCGAGCAGAGCUGGAGGAGCAGCAGCCCCCACCCUCACCCCUGCCCCAACCGCCAAGGGCACCACCAGCUGCCGCAGCUGCUGCUGCCCCCGAGGGCCACCGACACACUCGCCCAGUGGACCCGCCGGCCAUCGACACACUGCCCCAGCCCCCCAAGCCACAGCAUCCCCCCCGACAGUCCCUGAUUCCUGACGAGGACGAGGACUACGUCCCGUCGACCAUCCUGCGUGCGCGUGCCGAGAAGGCCGCCAAGGAGGCCGAGAUGGCUCGGGCGAGGGAGGCGGAGAGUGGGGAUGAGGGUGAGGAGAGGAGGCAGCAGCAGGCAAAGGUGGAGGAAGGCGAGCUGUGGACCGGCAGCGUCAACCUCACUGAUAUCCUCCACAUCCGCUGCGGCCGCCUGAAGCCCCCCAGCAUCAAGUCGCCGGCCACGGCGCGGAAGCUGCAGCUCAUCAAGCAGACGCUCGAGCGCCUCAACCUCAGCAAAGGUGCCUACCGCCACCUCAUGGUGUCGUGCCUGUCGUCACUGGAGGGCAUCCAUGGGGCUGGGUGGGUGCACGGGGAUACCAAUGGCCAGAAUGCCAUGGUCGUCUGGGAUCCCGUCACCCGCCGCCUCUACAGCCCCUGGAUCGACUUCGAGGUGGCCAGGGCGACCACCGAGGCCGAGCAGCCCCUGACGACCACUCCACCCACACUCUGCCACGUGGAGCCGGUGGCGGUGCCCCCUCCCCACUGUGACCCAACGGCACUCAGACGUGUCGCCAAGGUGAUCGAGGCGGUCAUCGACCAGAGCGAGCCCACCACGGCCGCACCGGCAGCACCGCAGUCGCCCCUCUAUGGCGCCUUCAGCCGCAUGGCCGACAGCUACGCCAUCUGCUCGCUGGCCGCCGCCAUCCUCAUGGGUCCCCACAUGGACCACCCGAGCGGCCCCUCGCACAACCACGUCAUCUUUUCCCCCGCGACCUUCAGGGGUCCCUUUGUGGACCCGCCGAGCGGCCCCUCCGACACCCACCCCAUCUGUGGGCAGCAGCUGCCCUUCUUCCCGGGGGCACAUGGGACCCGCAGCCGCAGCAGAAGAGAUCAGCAGCAGCAGAGUCUGUACGGCCGCCACUUCGAGUGGGUGGAGGAGGAGGAUGCGCUCAUUAAGGUGGCCAUCGAGGAGGGGGGCGAGGAGGGGAAAAGGGCGCUGCACGACAUUGACGACGAGGACCCGACGAAGCGCCACAAGUGGCUGGUGGGGGCGGUGGAGCAGCGGCUCGUGUGGGAGGAGCAGAGGGGCGAGUCGCGCGACGAGGAGGCCGUGCAGGACCUCAGGAUGGCCCUGGUGCUCGUCAAGGAGGGGAUGUGUCCGGACGAGGGCGAGAGGCGCCCACUGCGUGAGAUCAUCCAGUAAGGAAGGCACGCACUCGCACAUCCACUUGACAGCAAGCAGCAUGCAUCGUGUGUCUGUGCGGGUCUGUGUGUCUUGCUCCUGCUGCAGGCACUGCCACGAUUUUCUCUGAGUAGGAGCAGCAGCAGCAGCAGCAGCAGCAUGGUGGCACUGGCAGCAGUCAUGUGGAGCAGCUGCCUGAUGGCGUUGCAGGAGCGGCUCAAGCAGGAGCGCAUGGCGCAGCGACAGCACUUCCACAUACCAGGACAUACACCACCAGAACCUGAAGGACAUGAACAUUCAGCAGCACCAGCAGCAGCACCUGCUGGCCCCUCCCCCGCCGACCUUUCCCCUCCCCGCCCGCAUGCCCCCUCCCCCACAGCAGCUGCCGUCAUCAUACCAUGUCGCAUUUGAGACCAUUGGACUCAGCUACAACCAGCAGCAGCUGAUGCACGAGGCCCCCGAUGGCUGCCUGCUGCUCACGGGCGUCGGGGACGCGGCAGCGGACGAGUACAUCGGCCCAGUCGACUCGCAGAUCCUCGGCUCGCCUCUCGCCCAGCCCAUGAUGCCGCAGCUGCAAGACGACCGCAAGACACCAACGGCAGCAGCAGGUGGCGGUGGCGGCAGGAUGGUGCCUCUCGGUGCAGAAAGGUCGCAUGUCCUUCGCGGCGUUGAGACAGAAGAUGGGCCAGGCGGCCAGUGAGAAGGCCGGUGUCGACAAAGGCGGCGGGGAUGGGGGUGUGGACAAGGGUGGGGGAGGCGGUGUGCUGCGCUCAUCGGGUCUCCGCUCGACCCUCAUGCAGCAGAAGCUCCACCAGCGGGCACAGCAGCAGCAGCAGCGAGCGGGCACCAUUGCCAAAGUGGCGGGCAAGAGGACGGCUGUGGGGCUACAGAAGAAAAAAGGAGAGGCGGGAGACACAGAAGCGCCGAAGGGCAAAGAGGAGUAG